CCUGCAGACGAAGGCUUCUCCCGCUCACCCGGCAGCGGAGCGGCUGGUCCUCUCCCGGGGAGGCAGGGAGGCCCGAGGGGGAGGCCGCAGACCCUCUCCCCCCAGGUCGCUCGCUGCUAGGCUUCCCGGCCCGUAGUCAGAGCCCCCGGCCCCCAGGAUGGACGGGAUGUGCGAAACCCUGGCCCGACGGGCCCUGCAACGGACUCUGCUGCUCCUCCUGCUGACUCUGGCCUUGUCCCAGACGGCCCAGGCUGGUGUGAAAUUUAAUGUGCCCUGUGGAGGAAGAGACUGCAGUAGGGGUUGCAAGUGUUUUCCGGAGAAAGGAGGACGUGGCCAGCCAGGACCCGUUGGUCUGCAAGGCUCUCCCGGACCCUCUGGAUUGCAUGGUAUCCCGGGUUUGCAAGGACGCAAAGGUGACAAAGGAGAAAGAGGACCUCCAGGAAUAUCAGGGCCCAGAGGAGAUCCGGGGCAAAGAGGAGUUCCUGGUUUUCGCGGAGCAGAUGGCAUUCCUGGUCACCCAGGGCAGGGGGGUCCCAGGGGGAGACCAGGCUACGACGGUUGUAAUGGAACCAUCGGUGAUCCUGGUCAGCCGGGGACCCCAGGAAUCUAUGGCUCCCUUGGCUUCCCAGGACCUCAAGGACCCAAAGGUCAGAAAGGUGAACCGUUCGCAUUGCCUUGGGAAGAGCAAAACAAAUACAGGGGAGAACCUGGAGAACCAGGGUUGGUCGGGAUGCCAGGAUCUCCAGGCAGACCUGGUGUUGAAGGCCCCAUAGGACCAGUAGGUGCCCCAGGACAACCCGGACCCCCUGGACCUCCAGGACCCAAAGGACUGCAAGGCAACCGAGGCCUUGGCUUUUAUGGACAAAAGGGUGACAAGGGUGAAAUAGGACAUCCAGGCCCCACCGGACUUCCUUCGGAGAAUGAGCACCAGAGUACCAUAGAGAUCGUAAAUUUGGAACAAUAUAAGGGAGAAAAAGGACGUGAAGGAUUUCCAGGCACUCCAGGACGCGGAGAAGGAGGAAUAAUGGGCUUUGCAGGUCAAAGGGGUGUUUCUGGAAUAAAUGGAGUACCAGGAGCACAGGGGCUAACAGGAUUUCCAGGCCACAGUGGCCCUCCGGGCCAUGACGGCAAUAAAGGAAUGAAGGGAGAAAUGGGUGACCCGGGCCUCCCAGGGCCACUUCCCCCUUACCCUCCUCCUCAUUUCAGAAAAGGUGCUCCAGGAGACCCGGGAUUUCCAGGACUUAAGGGCCCUUCGGGGGAUCCGGGUGACCAAGGAUACCCCGGCCCGCCAGGUUAUCCUGGCUCAUCGGAUGGAUAUAAAGACAACCGAACAGGCUGGCCGGGCGAGAUGGGCCUCAAAGGUGACCCUGGAGAACCAGGCAUUCCAGCUGCUUUUCCAGGCCCCCCAGGGAUCAACGGAAAUAUCGGUCUUCCAGGCUUGCCUGGCCCUGCUGGGCCACGAGGGGUAACGGACAUCUUUCAUGGAAUCAAAGGAUCAAAGGGUAUGCCAGGCCCAGAAGGUUCACAAGGAGUCCCCGGACCAGGAGGACAAAAGGGGUUGAAAGGAGAGCCCGGAGAAUGCAAGUGCUUGGAUGAAGACGGGGAAGGGUUACCUGGGUUUCAGGGGCCACCCGGAAUUCCAGGAGACCAAGGGGAGCCCGGGAGAAAAGGGGACAGCGGAGAUCCCGGCCAGUACGGCACUCCUGGUCAGCAGGGACUCAAGGGGUCCCAGGGUAAUGAAGGGGAGAUAGGACUUAAAGGGGAGAAAGGAGAUCUCCAAACAGUGACAACAAAAGGUGCCCCGGGUGACCAGGGCAUUCCUGGCAACUCCGGGCCCAGGGGGGCCGAUGGGCCACCAGGCCAAGACGGACGGGAAGGUGUACUGGGAAUUCCAGGGCCACUUGGUGCUGACGGAGUCAAAGGUCUAUCCGGGGACACAGGCCUCCAGGGAGAGCUCGGGCCAAAGGGCUUCCCAGGAAUUGUAGGUCCACCAGGAUUUGGCUUUCCCGGCCCCAAAGGUGCUCGCGGUUCGCCCGGACACUCCGGAUACUGGGGGAGUCCCGGCCACCCUGGGCCCCGAGGACCUCCGGGCCUACCAGGCCGAACAGACUGUGAGGACGGAGUGAAGAAGCCCAUCGGUGACGGGCAAGAGGGAAUCUGGCCAGGUUGUGUAACACCUCCUAAAGGACCACCAGGACCACCGGGACCACCAGGACUUCAGGGGUCCAAGGGCAUUAAAGGCCACCCAGGAAAAACAGGCGCCGAUGGCUACGUGGGCCUCAAAGGUCUCCCGGGAGAACCAGGUCGCGAAGGAAUUCCAGGCCCACCAGGAUUUAUCGGGCCCAGAGGACAGAAAGGAGCACCCGGUUUUCCUGGACCCAAGGGAAGUCCAGGGGCUAAAGGCAGCCCAGGCCACCCCGGCCUAGCUGGAGAGAAAGGACGUCCAGGAGAAGUGCUUUCGGCCCAGCCUGGCCUCCCUGGAGAUUCCGGCCUACCUGGGAUUCCCGGGCUCAAAGGUCAACCAGGAAGUAUAGGGCCUCCGGGAUUCCGAGGUGGCCAGGGGAUGCCUGGGAUGCCAGGUCUGAAGGGUCGGCUGGGAUUCCCAGGCCCUUCCGGUCAGCGCGGCCCCCCUGGGCUCACAGGAACGCACGGCUUCCCGGGGUUUCCAGGCCACCCAGGACCUCCCGGCCUGCCAGGACUUCUGGGAUUCAAAGGUCACCCUGGAGACAUAGGUGACAGAGGUGACCCCGGCUUCCCCGGCCCCAUAGGCAUGAAAGGUCUGGCUGGUGAUCCAGGUGAAAACGGCUUUGUAGGGAUGAGAGGGGCGCAGGGCUCUCCUGGUUUCCAAGGGAUGGACGGAAUGCCAGGAAACCCAGGAUCCAAAGGCCCCAAAGGCUCCCCUGGCAUGGAUGGCUUCAAAGGCAUGGCUGGUCUCAAAGGAAGGUUAGGGAUGCCAGGAUAUAAAGGAGUAACCGGAAAUCUGGGACUGCCCGGUCUGAAAGGUUUGGCGGGGGACCGAGGCUUUAAAGGCAGCCGCGGAGAUCCAGGCCCCCCGGGAGAACCUCCCAAACUCAUACCGGGAAUGAAGCACUUUAAAGGAGAGAAAGGAGAUGAAGGACCGACUGGUUUGAAAGGAUUUCUGGGCUUAAAAGGUGGCCAGGGAAUGCCGGGAGUCCCCGGAGCGUCUGGUGUGCCGGGGUUACCCGGGCAACCCAGCCAGGUCAAAGGGGAUAAAGGAGAAACUGGGGUUCGCGGACAUCCCGGAGAGCAGGGAUACCCCGGAGCUGCCGGGAUUCCUGGAAUCAGAGGCUUCCCAGGAUUCCCUGGAAUUAGGGGUGACAAAGGCAACAUCGGCAUCAAGGGCUUUGAGGGUGAGAGUGGCUCUGUGGGAGACUUGGGUGACAAGGGGGACACUAUAAACUUGCCGGGAAGCCGUGGAGUAAAGGGAGCACCCGGUCUAGCUGGAGUAUCAGGGGUAAAGGGAUAUGUAGGACAGAAAGGCCACGAGGGAGACUCUGGUCUCCAGGGAAUAAGUGGCAUGAAGGGAACCCAAGGCCCACCUGGUAUAAGAGGACAAAGCGGCUCCCCAGGGAUGGCAGGUUCCCCAGGCCACCACGGAGAUCCCGGGAGGAAUGGAUUCCAGGGUGAAAAAGGCGACACCGGAAGACCCGGACUACCAGGCUUUUCAGGUGUCUCUGGCUUACGAGGAAUCAGCGGUUUAGACGGACUGCCCGGCACCAAAGGCUUUCCGGGAUCACCAGGGGGAGAUGACUUUGGGGACCCAGGAUUUCUGGGGCCCUCUGGUGACAAAGGCGAACCAGGGGACCACAACCCUAAACCUGGUCCGAGCGGUGCAGUCGGACCGAAAGGGGAGAGAGGACUUACAGGGAUCCGAGGCCCGAUGGGUAGUCGCGGGCUUCCAGGGAUACCGGGACCUUUCUCCGUCACCAACAUCUCCGGGUUUCCCGGUGAUAGGGGCGAUCCUGGCAUAUUCGGAACAAAAGGUUAUCCGGGCCAACGAGGGCCGCCCGGAGUCCCCGCUUCCCCUGGACCUAAAGGAGAAGAUGGAAACCCGGGACUUUUUGGAGAGUCGGGUCCAAAAGGAUGGGGAGGAGAUCCUGGCCCCCAAGGCAAACCCGGAGUUUAUGGCAUCCCUGGAACAAAAGGUCCCAAGGGAGAGCAGGGGCUCAUGGGAUUUAAGGGUAUGUUCGGGAACAUCGGUGAUCAAGGCCCCGUAGGACCCAAAGGAGACCGAGGUUACCCUGGUACUCUGGGACCUCUGGGAUCACCCGGGAUUCCUGGAAUUCCACAGGAAGUCGUCCUGGACCGGGGAAUACCUGGUCCCUUUGGAAAGCAGGGCCCCCCGGGGAUACAGGGAGAGAUGGGUCCACAGGGCCCUCCGGGGCAUCCAGGCUUCCGGGGAUCCCCUGGUAAUCCCGGGCCUCAGGGCCGAGGAGGGGUGUCGGCCGUUCCGGGAUUCAGGGGCGACCAGGGCCCCGUCGGACAUCAAGGGGCAACAGGCCAAGAGGGGAAUCCGGGGCGCCCGGGGAACCCCGGCAUGCCCGGCAUGCCCGGCCGCAGCGUCAGCAUCGGCUACCUGCUGGUGAAGCACAGCCAGACGGAGCAGGAACCCAUGUGUCCCUUGGGCAUGAACAAGCUCUGGAGCGGCUACAGCUUGCUGUACUUCGAAGGCCAGGAGAAAGCCCAUAACCAAGACCUGGGACUGGCCGGCUCGUGCCUGGCCCGCUUCAGCACCAUGCCCUUCCUGUACUGCAACCCCGGGGACGUCUGCUACUACGCCAGCCGCAACGACAAGUCCUACUGGCUGUCCACCACCGCCCCGCUGCCCAUGAUGCCCGUGGCCGAAGACGAGAUCAAGCCCUACAUCAGCCGCUGCUCCGUCUGCGAGGCCCCGGCCGUGGCCAUCGCCGUCCACAGCCAGGACGUGACCAUCCCCCACUGCCCCAAUGGCUGGCGCAGCCUCUGGAUCGGCUACUCCUUCCUCAUGCACACGGCCGCCGGCGACGAGGGGGGCGGCCAGUCGCUGGUGUCCCCCGGAAGCUGCCUGGAGGACUUCCGGGCGACGCCGUUCAUCGAGUGCAACGGGGGCCGUGGGAACUGCCACUACUUCGCCAACAAGUACAGCUUCUGGCUCACCACCAUCCCCGAGCCCAACUUCCAGAGCAGCCCCUCCCCUGACACCCUCAAGGCCGGCCUCAUCCGGACGCACAUCAGCCGCUGCCAGGUCUGCAUGAAGAACCUGUAGCCCUCCCCCCCCCAACCUCGUCCCCGACUGUCGUCAUCCGUCCCCCCGUGGCCCCGGGGAGGGCCAACCUAGCUCGGGCCGCAGACAUUUUAGCAGGGGAGGGAAUCACUUUGGUGCUUAUUCUUAACUUAUUACCUCAGCCGCUGGAUGGAAAGUUGUGUUUUUGGUUUUUUCUCUCCCGAAGGGGAGAAAAAGCAUGCUAACAUUAUUUAGCACUAGUCGUUAUACCAAACAAUGACUUCCUUUUUGCAGUAGGCUCCUGCCACUCUAACUUUUCCAUAUCACAGACAGAUCUAUACCUAGUUUCCCCAAUCCUUCGAACCAAGUUGUUAAGGCCAGACCGAGCCUGUCCCAUCGUGCAACACUGUUUUCCUGUAGCAGCAGGUUUAGCUAAUAAUUUAAUGUCAUGUAUAAAUAAAUGUACGUGCCUAUAUUCUGUUUAUUCUAGAAAAAAAACUAACACACGUAUACUCUUAUUUAAGUGAGUGGGGCGGGGCGAGAAUAAAAUAAGGUUGGGAAGGUAGCCUGGGCUAAAAUCCUGGAAGACUCAUCUGCUUUUGUAGGUUUUUGCCACUCACUGCACUGCACCCAGUUCGGGGUUGACUCUCUGAACUCCAUUUACACCUGCCCGGCUUUCUACCCAAUGUUAGAAAAGUGCUAUACUUAGAGUGAUGAUAGAUUUGAAUGCAUUCUCCAUGUGAGUUUAGGGAGAUGCUCCAGUAUGUCUGCCACAGGGGGGAAAAAAAAACCAAACUGCCAUUUUUUACUCACCCGUUUCACUUCUCAUCAUAAGAGCAAGUUGAAUCGAGGACAUUCUUACAGCCACCUGUUCAGGUCAGAAACAGUUGUCCGUUCAAUUGCCACAAGUACUUGUCAAGGAGAUUUUAAUCUUUCCAACCUCUCUCAUGAUUUAUGCAUUUUCUAUCACACCCUUACUGUAACUGUCUCGAAAUAAAAGGUGUGGGUUUAUUUUUUAAUCCUCAAA